AAGAAGAAGAAGAAGAAGACUUCUUCACACUCACACUCACACUCCACACCGGUUGGUGGCAGUACUGAUUACUGAAGUCGUUGAGACGCCAUCAUAAGAGCGCAUGCGCGUAUUCAAGGCGCUGUGCAGCAGAGCCAGGCUGGUCACGUACCUCCCGGGGAUCCAUGUGUUGGUGCAUCGGGUGGCUGCAGCCAGAGCCUUGUCUGCUGCUGGAUCGUCAGGCUCUGAUGAGCCCCAUGUAGCUAUCACUCCAUCUGACAUGGGACUGCGGACGGUGUGGCCCGAUGUGAGCAUGGGGCCUUUUGGACUUCAGGACCAACGCUUCCAGGUGCCUGGUAACGUGGGUUUUGACUGCCACCUGGAAGGACUGGCAGAGCAGAAGACAGCCCUCGCACAUAAGACUGUGCCUGAUGUGCUGUCUGCCCCAUCUAGCAGUGACAGACACAAGAUCAUACUGACCCAGUUCAUCGGAGAGUUCUUUGAGGAAGAUGACCCAACCAUGUCUCAGAUGGUCAGUAAAGCUGAACAGUACUUUGACAGCUCCAGUGUGGAGUGUGCCAUACAGCUGUGCCCCAAAGUACUAGAGAAAGAUUUUCAGUCCAUGUUUCCUGAGGCUCUAUCCUCUGGUAUGAUGGUGGUCACAGUGACCCAAAGGACUCAGAAUGACAUGACAUCAUGGUGUGCUGAUGUGGAACAGGAGAGAGAGCAGAUGCUUGACAAGUUUGUUGAUGGAGCAAAGGAAAUAUGCUAUGCCCUGCAGAAAGAAGGAUUCUGGGCUGACUUUAUCGAGCCAUCCUCAGGCUUGGCGUUCUUUGGCUCAUACACCAACAACACGCUGUUUGAGACAGAUGACAGGUACCGUCACCUGGGCUUUCAGAUCGAGGACCUGGGCUGCUGCAGAGUGAUCCGGCACUCUUUAUGGGGGACACAUGUUUUCGUGGGGACAAUAUUCACCAACGCACCAAUCAACAGCCUGGUCAUGAAAAAGUUGCAGGGCAGCUGAACUAGCUCAGAGGACACUGGGUUGCCAUUAAAUCUGUGUACAAACAUAAAUGGAAGGUUUAGACGUUGAAGCUUCCAUCAAGAAAUGUGUCAGUAAGAAGAUUCUAAACUGGCUCUUCAGUGUUUUUACCUUUGAACAGCUAUGUAUAAAUAUUGAUUCUGUUUUUAAGUCCACACACUGAAAUGCUGCUGUCAUCACAAUAAAUGGUUUCUUGUCUCUUGA